AUGGCACAGCGUGGCUCAAUGAUCAGAUCUUUGUCACAAACAAAAAUUGCCAAGGCAUUGGCCGGGGUUGAGCUGGAACAAGGCGAAGUUGUUAAGAUGGAUGAGGGUGUAACAGCUCGAUCGGAGGGCAAAUUUGUGUUUGAAUGUGCAUGGGAAGUAGCCAAUAAGGUUGGUGGAAUUUAUACUGUAUUGCGUAGUAAAGCACCAAUAAGUACUGAAGAAUUGGGAGAUCAAUACUGUGCUCUAGGACCAUUAAGAGAAGAAAGAUGGCGACUAGAGGUUGAGCAGAUUGAGCCGGAAAGUAGAAACAUUCGAGCUGCACUGAGAAAACUAAACGAAGGUGGUUUCAAGGCAAUUUAUGGACGUUGGUUAAUCGAUGGUUAUCCAAAAGUAGUUCUCUUUGACUUAGGUUCCGGUUCUGUUAAAAUGAACGAGUGGAAACAAGAACUGUUUGAAAAAUGCAAAAUUGGAAUUCCACAUGAAGAUAUCGAGUCAAAUGAUGUGGUUAUUCUUGGUUUUAUGAUUGCCAUGUUCUUGAAACAUUUCCGAGAAUCUAUCAAAGAUUAUCACCCACUUAUUGUUGCACAUUUUCAUGAAUGGCAAGCAAGUGUGGGUUUAAUAAUGACUCGCUUAUGGCAAACUGAUGUUGCUACUGUUUACACAACGCAUGCUACAUUGUUGGGACGACAUUUAUCUGCCGGUGGAAGUGAUCUUUACAACAACCUUGGCAAAUUUAAUUUGGACGAAGAAGCUGGAAAAAGAAAGAUAUAUCAUCAAUACUGUAUGGAACGAGCUGCUUGCCAUAUGGCACACGUGUUCACCACAGUUAGUGAGAUAACUGGUUAUGAGGCAGAAAAUUUGAUUGGUAGAAAACCUGAUAUAUUGACACCGAAUGGCCUCAAUGUAGUAAAGUUUGCUGCGCUACAUGAGUUUCAGAAUCUUCAUGCAAUCGCCAAAGAAAAAAUCAAUCAUUUUGUCAGAGGACACUUCCACGGUCACUAUGACUUUGAUUUGGACAAAACUCUUUACAUGUUUACCGCCGGUCGUUAUGAAUUUACCAAUAAGGGUGGUGAUAUGUUUAUUGAAGCUUUAGCUCGUCUAAAUUACCUUUUGAAGACAACGACUGACCCACGUUAUAACGAUGUAACCGUUGUGGUCUUUAUCAUUUAUCCUGCUCGUGCCAACAGUUUCAAUGUGGAAUCACUAAAAGGUCAAGCGGUAACAAAACAGCUUCAUGAUACCAUUGAUAAAAUUAAAGAAAGCAUAGGCCAGCGUAUGUUUGACAGAUGCUUAAAAGGAGAGCUUCCUGACAUGAAUGACAUCAUUCUGCCAGCAGAACGAAUACAGCUAAAACGAUGUAUCAUGGCUGCAGCAAAACAUGAGUUGCCUCCUGUUUGCACGCACAACAUGUUGGAUCCUGAUGACCCGGUGCUUAAAGAACUGCGUCGUACAAAGCUAAUCAACAACCGAAAAGAUCGUGUAAAAGUUGUUUUUCAUCCAGAAUUUCUCUCAUCUGUAUCACCUCUGAUUGGUCUUGAUUAUGAAGAAUUUGUAAGGGGUUGUCACAUCGGUGUUUUCCCAAGCUACUACGAACCAUGGGGUUAUACUCCAGCAGAAUGCACCGUUAUGGGUGUUCCAUCAGUUACCACAAACCUUUCUGGUUUUGGUUGCUUUAUCCAAGAACACGUACUUGAUCCAGCAACAUACGGCAUUUACGUGAUAGAUAGACGUUUCAAACAGGCAGAUGAGUCGAUAAACGAUCUUGCACAUACUCUGUUUGAAUUUUGCGGUCUAACCCGUCGUCAGAGGAUUAUUAUGCGAAAUCGAACAGAACGACUAAGCGCUUUAUUAGACUGGAAGAGUUUAGGAAUCUUCUACAGAGACGCUCGUCGUAUGGCACUUGAUCGAAUGUACGGAAAUGUUGACGAAAUAAUUGCUGGCAACGAGGGUAAAGUGCCAUCUGCAGCCACUAGUCGACGAGGUAGUUUCUCGAACAAUCAGGAAUAA